AUGACUGCAGUGGGAGGACUGGUGCUGGUUCUGGGUUUCCUGGUGAGCGCUCGCUGUGAGGUGAGAGCUCGAGACCCCGAGGUAGAGGAGGAUGAGGAGCGAGGAGGAGGAAGGGGAGGAAGAGGGGGAGGAGUUGAGGGGUUCCCCCCUCACCCCUGGGCGACACAGACCCCCCCGCUGGGGGAGAGAGGAAACUACCCAGCACGAACCGGGAACUGGUGUGCGUUCGUGCAGAGGCGUGUGGUUACCAAGACGGCGGUGUGUGGAUCAGAGAAGUAUGUCAUGAAGUCUCAGAGUCCGUGUCCGAGCGGGGCGCCCGACUGCCAGCUGCCCAUGUACAAGCUGUCCUCGCGGCCACUGUACAGGCAGAAGCAGCAGAUCUUCAGCGCUCUGCUGUGGCACUGCUGUCCGGGAUACGGCGGACACAACUGUGAAGACACGGUCUCUGACACACAGCUGGAUUCUGCAAGCUCGGAUCUGGUCGGAGGAUCUGGACCGGUGAGACCAGAGCUCCAUGUUCCAGGUGUGCAGCUAGAGCGGCUCCAGCAGCGUGACGACCCGAACCGAGAACAGAACGACCACGAGGCGCCGUACCACACCGGCGACCCGGACAGCCCGCACACCACCCCAGCGCACACAGCGCACGCCCAUCACAGCCCACCCCCAGACCUGCAACAGGACCACGGCCGCCAUCACACCCCAGCCCCCGCCGUGCGCCGGGAGCACUGCCGCCAUCACACAGCGCACGCCGCUGGGAGCACCCAGGACCAUCAGCACCACCUGGACCACGGGCAGCAGGAACUCCGCCUUCCUGACACUGCCACCCUGCCAGACGCCCCAGCCACUGCUACCAUCCCAUACCCAGACUUCCCCAGUGGGGACUCAUACCCAUACGCCGAUGCCCCUCCAUACCCAGAUCCCGAUGACUUUCCAUACCCAGAUGCCCCUGCUGCCCUUCCUGUCCCCCACAUUCUGGCGCUGGUGAUGUCCCAGCUGCAGCCGGUGCUGCAGGGCUUUAACCACUCCCUGGAGCACCUGAGCCGGCAGGUAGGAGAGCUGGCGCGGGACGUGGCCGAGCUGAAGAGCAGCCGGCUCGAUGCCGAGCCUCAGCCGCCGCAGUCGUCGCACCACGCGGUCCAACCGGACCUCGCCGAGGCAGCAGACGAGCGGCUGGACGCCAGACUGGAAGAGGCGUUUGAGCACGUCAGGGAGGUCCAGAGGCAGCUGGAGAGCCAGCGAAGAGACAUGGAGAUCAGGCUGCACUCCCAGCAUGCAAUGCUGCAGUACAACCUCACCAUGUUGAAGAUGGACAUCGACAUGAAGCUGAAACGCCACCAGAAGAUGCUGCAGGUCAGUCUGCAGGCCAUGAAUGCCACACUAACGGAGCUGAACCAGAACCAGUAUCAGGAUCAGGAUCAGUAUCAGGAUCAGGAUCAGGAUCAGGAUCAGACCACUGAGGAACUCGCCCCUCACCUACUACAGCCACAGCCGUCGGACACCGCGGCGCUCUGGGAGGCAGUGGAGCGACUAGACAAUAUGGUCGUCAACAACACGGUGAAGGUGGAAGGGCUGGUGGAGGAUGCCGAGGUGACAGCGGGCAGCGUGCAACAGCUGCGCCGGGACAUUAAACUUCUGGAGAAGCUGAUCAACGCCACGGCGAGAACGGGCCAGGUGCAGUUCAUGGAGACGGGGCUGGAGGUGGAGUUGGCACGGGAAACGGUGCUGCGGCGCGUUGGCGAGCUGGCGGCGAACCUCAGCGCGUACGGCGAGCGGCUGACCGAGACGGACUCGGACGUCGACCAUCUGUACGAAGCGCUCUACAAGCGCAACACGUCCGCAGGCUGCGACUGCGCUGCGCUGUGGGCCGCCGUGGCGACGCUGGAGAGGGGCGUGGCCAACGUGACGCAGCUGGCCAAUGAAAACAGAGCAGCGCUGGACGAGGACGGGGGGCCGGGGCUAUGGGCGGGGGGCGGAGACUGGCAGCCUGCAGUGGAAGCGCUGCAACACGCCCUCCAACAGGUGAGGGAGUCCGUGGCUUCCGUGACGUCCGAGCAGAGCAGCAGCCGGUCUCUGGACCAGCGCCUGACGCAGCUGAGCCGCUCGCUGGCGGCGGCGCUGGCCGACGUCUCGGUGCUGACGGAGUCUGAAAGGAAGCAGCGCGAAGAGAUGCAGCGGCUCUCCGCCUCCUUCCUCUCGCUGCUAGCGGACGCCGUGCGCCACAGCGAUGUGCUGGAGAUCCUGCUGGGGGAGGAGGUGCUGGAGUUCCUGGACUGGCCCGUCCAGGACCAGGAGGCGCACAGCGUCCCUGCACUGAAGGAGACACUGAGGGGACAUGAGCAGAGCAUCGCCGCCCUGCUGGCCAGAAACACAGGAGACAGAGAGGAGCUCCCGUCAGCGGACCAGCCCCCCCCCUCCUCUUCGCUCCUCUCUGACGGAUGGCGCCCGGCCAGCGUGACGAAGAACGCCGGCGGCGGUGCAGCGCGGGAACGCCAGCGCCUCCUACAGGCCGAUGGCGGCGACCUCUGGAACCUCGAGAUAACGGUGGAGGAGCUGAAGAUGAAGGUUCUGCAGCUGGAGGAGACGAUGGCGCCCAGCGGAGGCGCCGCGGCGCUGCAGGCGGAGGUGACGUGGCUGAAGCGCGGCCUGGAGGAACAUCUGCGAACGUUUAAGAACGUGUUCAGCAACGCCGACGUGCUGGCCGGCUCGGCCGCCACGCUGGAGCUGGACAAACUGUGGCAGCUGCUGCAGAGCAGAGACGAGAAGAAAGAGAAGAAGAAGAAGAAGAAAGGAGGGAACCAUCGCAGCCGGAGGGAGACGACAGGUGAGACGGCAGGUGUUGCUCCGGUCCCGUCCAGCCAAUCAGGAGCCUCCGUGCUGCUGGCGGCCGGAGGAGACGCUCGGCGGAGGAGGCCCGGCUGGAACUGAAAGGAGGAGCGUGGGCGGAGUCAGAGGACAAUGUGUUCGACCAAUCAGAGGAAAGAUCUCGGGGAGUUCACUUAUUUUACACUGUUUGCUUUAGAAAAAAGCGACAAAAAUGUCCAAAAUUUUUUUUUUUACUAUUUAUGGCUGAAAAAGCACUAACAACUUCGAAAAAAAGUUUUUCUUCUUUGCGGUUUGACAAAAAGAAGCAUGAAAAAAAAAAUCCUAUUUGUUUCUUAAAUGUGCCAUAAACUUCUGAGGGAGGAGUCAAAGGGCUGCUCCACCUGACGGCGCUGUCGACCAAUCAGAGGAAAGAUCAGAGACUCUGGGAAGUCAGAUUUUUCAUAAAGACUUCAGAAGUGAGAAGUGGGUUUCCUGUUUAUUGUUCCCGUGUCUGUAGAAAAAAGCACCAAAAGUGCCAAAAAAACUUCCAAAAACCUUCCAAAAAGUGCCUAAAGUCGAACAAAACACGUUCCUGUUUCUAUUUGUGUAGAAAAAAGUGUCAUCCUAAAACCAGAAACUGUUUCUGUUUGCGUUAAAUAAUCGAGAUACAACAUGUUAAUGAGGGAUGUUUAGAGGUUCUGGUUGGUGGGUUUUUAUACUUUGGAUAGAACCAGGCUAGCAGUUUCCCCCUGCUUCCAGUCUUUAUGCUAAGCUAGGCUAACAACGUCCUGACUGCAGCUCCAUGAACACAACACAACACAUGUAGGACAGUAUGGCAAGCCGUGUGGAACAUUUAUACAAU